UAUAUCAUAUAUAUCAUAUAUGCUCAUUGAUAGCCAAGGCUUUGUUAAAAACACUUAACACAUUGGAAAUAAUACAUAAUUAUAAAAAAUGGUGAAAACUAAAGAGGCCGGGUUGGCCGAAAUGGAUUUCAUCUUCAUGGAUGAUAUACUGCCGAGAUGCUGCAAAGAUAAAACCACCACCCAGGAGUUCUUUAAGGAUCACACGGCUGAGAUGAAACGAGUUCCGCCGGCAUUUCGAGAACAAACAGAUGCAUCCCUCAUCGCCGGUCAUUAUGCCGACAAUCUCAAAGUUGAUGGACUGCAGAUGAUAACCAAAACAUGGCCGCGAUCCACGGACUGGCGCGAGGAGUACAAUCAGUUUGUAAAACGAAACAAGUGGUGCAAUGAGAAGAUAUACAAGCUUUUCUUCGUGAAUCCGCCAGUUCACUACUCACAGAUUAAAAAAUAUCUCAAGGACUUGCGCAGAACAACCUAUAUGUCCGAUUACUCUCCCGAAUAUUAUAUAUCUCGUAAAUCUCAGCGUAGAGAUAACUCAAUGUCCACUAUCGAUUCCGGUGGCAUUGACUACCAGACGACCUAUGGUAACUACCACAAUCGCAUUCAGGAAGUGGAUCCCUUCAAGGACUUUAUCAACCAGGAACCAAAGCCGAAAGAUCUAACUGUGGGAGAGUUUGCCAAGGAAAUGCGCAAACUGUUCACCAAGUACAAUAUGUCCACAUACUAUGAGGAAAUCUGUCUGCCGGCAUUGCUUAAGGCCAAGGAUGGUGUAAUGCCAUCGGGACCCAUCGAUCGCUACACGCUGCGCAGGCUGUAGCCAGGACCUCCUCUCUUGAGGUUUUUAUUUUAACAAUACUACAACCAGAGAUAAUGCAAACGAAUAUGCACUUGUUUGUGUUCCUUAAUAAACUUUACACAGAUAUACUCGUUAAACAAUAAAGCAUAAUAACUGCUUUAUGCAGCAGAUAAC